AUGUAUCCUAGAUUGAUACACCCCCAUGAAGGAAUUGUUGGACAAGAUGAUUUGCAAGCUGCUGUUGGCGCUGUCAAUCAUAAGGGUGAUCCUUGUCUUGUUUUGACUGCUGAUCCAAAACCUCGUCUUCGUUGGACUCAAGACCUUCAUGAACGCUUUGUUGAUGCUGUUACUCAGCUUGGAGGCCCUAGUAAAGCUACACCAAAAGCAAUCAUGCGGACAAUGAACGUCAAGGGUUUAACUCUAUUUCAUUUAAAGAGUCAUCUUCAGAAAUACAGACUUGGUAAGCAAUCAGGAAAAGAUAUAGGGGAGGGAUGCAAAGAUGGGAUGACAGGUUCCUAUCUUUUAGAAAGCCCUGGCACCGAUAACUCAUCUCCGAAGUUACCUACGUCCGAUACAAACGAGGGUUAUGAAAUCAAGGAGGCAUUAAGAGCACAGAUGGAAGUGCAAAGUAAACUACAUUUGCAAGUGGAGGCAGAGAAGCACUUGCAAAUUCGCCAGGAUGCGGAGCGAAGAUACAUGGCUAUGCUUGAAAGAGCUUGCAAGAUGCUGGCUGAUCAAUUUAUAGGUGCUUCUGCUAUAGACACAGACAGCCAAAAGUUCCAAGGAAUUGAAAAUAAAGCACCAAGAGCUCCCUUGGUUGACCAUCUUGGCUUUUAUUCCUUGCCGUCUACUGAGGCGGCCGGAGUGAAUGCUCCAGAAGACGAAAUUCCUCCAACCCUCCCACCCCAAAGGGCCGAUUGCUCAACUGAAAGUUGUUUAACAUCGCACGAGAGCUCUGGAGGAUUGACUCUAGAAGGAUCUCCAAGUGCAGGGAAACGAAGAAUGCUAGGCAUGGACUCGAUGGCGGCGCCUUUGAUUUGGAGUGAAGCAAAGAUGAAAGCUCAAGCCAUCAAUAUAGGCCAAGGUAAUCACCAUCUUGGAAUAACUAGGUAUGGCAUUUAA